UUUCCUAGAUCACUCCUGGAAGCAAGGCCGCUAUAGCUAAUUUAUGUAUCGGAGAUGUGAUCACAGCCAUCGAUGGGGAAAAUACCGGCAGUAUGACGCACUUGGAAGCUCAGAACAAAAUCAAGGGCUGCACAGACAACAUGACUCUCACAGUGGCCAGGUCUGAACAUAAAGUCUGGUCUCCUCUGGUGACGGAGGAAGGAAAGCGUCAUCCGUACAAGAUGAAUUUAGCCUCCGAACCCCAAGAGGUCCUACACAUUGGAAGCGCCCACAACCGGAGUGCCAUGCCCUUUACCGCCUCGCCUGCCUCCAGCGCCGCCCCUAGGGUCAUCACGAACCAGUACAACAACCCAGCUGGCCUCUACUCUUCUGAAAACAUCUCCAGCUUCAAUAACGCCUUGGAAUCAAAGACCGCUGCCAGCGGGGAGGAGGUGAACAGCAGACCCUUAGACCAUGCUCAGCCUCCAAGCGGCCUCGUCAUCGACAAAGAAUCUGAAGUUUACAAGAUGCUGCAGGAGAAACAGGAGUUGAACGAGCCCCCGAAACAGUCCACGUCCUUCCUCGUUCUGCAGGAAAUCCUGGAGUCGGAGGAAAAAGGGGAUCCCAACAAGCCCUCAGGAUUCCGAAGCGUUAAAGCUCCUGUCACCAAAGUGGCUGCGUCGAUUGGAAACGCUCAGAAAUUGCCCCUGUGCGAUAAAUGUGGCACCGGUAUUGUGGGUGUGUUUGUGAAGCUCCGGGACCGUCACCGCCACCCCGAGUGUUACGUGUGCACCGACUGUGGCACCAACCUGAAACAGAAGGGCCACUUCUUUGUGGAGGAUCAAAUCUACUGUGAAAAGCACGCCCGGGAGCGAGUCACACCACCCGAGGGCUACGACGUGGUCACCGUGUUCCCCAAGUGAGCCAGCCGGUCUUUCCCAACCGCCGUUCUCCUGCCAACCUUUCAUCAGCUUGUUCUCUAGAUGUUCUGGUUCUCUUCUCCCUUGAGAGUUCCAUGCUUACCUUGGUUUCACCCCUGCUUAUUAAACAUUGAGCCCCCUACCUUGGUUAACUGACUCACACUGGCUGUGUGAUGCCCACUUCUACCAUGAAGUCUUCUUCUACCAGGAGACAGUCUUCUACCAGGAGACUGUUUUGUUCUGUGUCCCCUUGCCAGCAGCAUGUAUUGCUUCCUCCCAGUUUUUGUCUGCUGCAAAUGGACAUUAGCCAAAUAUGAACCAAAUCAAAUUUAACAUUUCUGACAUUGAUUCUGUUUUUACUCAAUAAAUAUAUAGG